AUGUCAUACGGCGGAUCGGCAUCCCAAGAUAUAGUGACAAAAUUGAUUAGAAAAAUCCAAAAUACGUCUGUGUCUUGCACCAGGAGGGAUGAAAAUCUAGAUUCUUUUAAUCAACACUUGAAAAUGAGUCUUAAAGUUGCGCAUAACACGAAGACAUUUGCAAAGCAUUGCCUUCAUCGACAAGUAUUCAAGAAUACGUAUCGGAAAAGAAAAGCAGUGGAAGAUCAAAGGAAAAACUUGAACACGCAACUUAGGCAAAAAUUUGCGUCGCCGUCAGACAAUUUGCUUUCACCAUGCUCUAGAAAACUGAAUGAUCACAAGUCAAAACUUUUCUCAGCCAAAUCGCAACCCAAAACACUGGAGUUUGUGCGGGGCAAACAGAAUAUACCACGCAAGCCGAAUGUAGACAUUUAA